GUCCCCGGAAAUGCUUCCUUCCCACGCAGCCGCCACCGGCCCUCGGGUCUCCGGAGCGUUGCCUCUCUAGGCCGGGAAGGCCUCUCCUCCAUGGUCCCGCCUGUCAGCGCUGAGUCGGGAGUUCGCGGCUGAGCCCGGCCCCACGCUGGGACGCUUGGCUUGUCGGGUCUGUCCCCGGUGCGGGGGUAGCCGGGAGCCCAUGGCAAGGCGGCGCUGAGCGAGGCCCGGGCAGCGGCCGGGCCCGGCGGCCGGGCAUGGCGGGCCAGUUCCGCAGCUACGUGUGGGACCCGUUGCUGAUCCUGUCGCAGAUGGUCCUGAUGCAGACAGUCUAUUACGGCUCUCUGGGCCUGUGGCUGGCGCUGGUGGACGCGCUGGUGCGGAGCAGCCCAUCGCUGGACCAGAUGUUCGACGCCGAGAUCCUGGGCUUUUCCACCCCUCCAGGCCGGCUCUCCAUGAUGUCCUUCGUCCUGAAUGCCCUCACCUGUGCCCUGGGCUUGCUGUACUUCAUCCGGCGAGGGAAGCAGUGUCUGGAUUUCACUGUCACUGUUCAUUUCUUUCACCUGCUGGGCUGCUGGUUCUACAGCUCCCGGUUCCCCUCGGCGCUGAGCUGGUGGCUGGUCCAGGCUGUGUGCAUCGCGCUCAUGGCUGUCAUCGGGGAAUACCUGUGCAUGAGGACGGAGCUCAAGGAGAUACCCCUCAACUCAGCCCCGAAGUCCAACGUGUAGACUCAGGCCCUGUGGACACCCCGCUGGAAGUUGGGCCCCCCAACACCUUGAGCCGCUCAGACCCUCCAGCUGAGGUCCAGCCCCGGUCUUGGAGGAACCCUGGAAAUGUGAAGUGUGUUGGUGUGAGAGAGAGUGAAACCCCAUCAAGAAGGCAGGGAGUGGGACAGGCUCACAGCUACGAGGACGGCAACCCUGUGCUGGAGCCUUUGCGUCCGCGAAGCCAGCAAGGGGACCUCACUGAGGAUCCCAACAGAAGUGGAGCCAUGUCGCUCUUGAGCCAUCAUACCUGUCACCAGCCUGUUCUUUGUUUUUGCCUUUU